UGGUCCCUUCUCAGCUUACUGGUGCAGCCCAGCCAGCCCCCUCAAGCCCCCACCUCUACCAUCUCCUAUUGAAAAAUCAGAUUUAAAGAAAAAGACUUCCAAAGCGUCUUCGGCUGCUAAAGGGCUCAGGAUGGCUUCCACUGUCUCAGACCAAAGUGUUUCUUUGAGUGACCAAGCACAGGUCAAGUUCCAGAGAUUCAAGGAGGAGCAAAUUGAUGCGUUUAAGAGAGGAAACAUCAAAUAUUUCGGGGUGUCAACAAUAAUGUUCGGGGUGAUGAUAGCUUGCUUCUAUGUCCCCAUGUACUUUAUUCCAGGGAGGAAUAUUGUCCAAUCUGGGAUGCCCUGGUGGACUUCAGCUUCUUUUAUUGUGACUGGAGUUCUUUUCAUUAUCAUGGAGAAAAAGGCCAACAAAAUAAGUUUCUGGUCCAAUUUGAUCUCCAGUGUGCUCAUCAUUCUGUUCGCUCUGACUGCUGGUGUCUUUACCUACAUGGAAACAGUGAGCAGUAAAAUAUUAAUGAUGUGCGUGGAAAUCAGUGACAACUGCACCCACUUCGAAAUCCCCUUGGAAGUGAAUGAUCAUAUGAAGUGUGCGAUGUUAUUGACACUCCUCACCUCCAUCAUUGUGGCCGCUGUGCUGCUCUAUUUAGUCAUCAAAGAGAGAGACGAGUACGGCUUGUACAGGAAUCUAGAAAUGAAUGAUUUAGUCACUGCACCACCUGUCACAGAAAAUGAGUGACAUAAUGAACAGGCUUUAUCCUGUGAGACUCUUUCAAGCAUUUUUGGGUUACUGCAUCAUAACUUUCAGCCCAGUUGUAUUUUGGGCGCUGGACUCUUUGACCUCUGGCACUUUAGCGACCAGUUGACCAGAUGCUUUUGAUGGCCUGACAUCAUCAUGCUAACAGGAAGUGGUCAUUGUCAUCUGGAUUUGCUGGCUGAAGAAACCUUCUGUGCUUAUUUGCAUUUACCCAUUUUAUUAUCUAGAUACUUUGCAGUAUUACUAUGCUCAAGAUACUUUUCCUCUGUUAUCAACUUUACUUAGUUUUGUAUUCAUCAAUGAAUAUCAUAUAUGCAGAUCCCAAUAAGAAAACAAAACAGCAGGAAAAAUACAAGACAACCCCAAAGCCAGUUUAAUCCUCUGUAGUGCCUUUCUCUGAAGGUCAGCUCCGUGCCCUUAAAGAAAUAGAAAAAUAUCAAUCAGUAAAAGAGUAACUAACCACAGGAACCCCUCAUUCCAGCCACAAUGAGAAAAACUUCAAAAAUCACUGCGCAUUUUUAUUGGUCACUCACACUGACAACUGCAUGAGUGUUUUUUUUUAUAUUCACUGGCAUUUGUUGCAUGCCUUUAAUUUAUUUACUUAUUCUCUGUUUUUAGGUGCAUGAAGCACCUUUGCCUGUCUGUCUGUCUCUUCGGCCGCCCAUCUGUCUGUCCGCGUGUAUCAACUCAACACUGAAUGGACCAGUUUUGAGGAGAUGUGACAAACUUGUUCUUUCAAAGAAAGUUGUUCAAUUUUCCUUGACAUAUCUUGAACGCAUCAUGUUGCACAAAGUUUUAAAAUUUAAAAAUUUCCCAUUGAAAAGCAUCGGUGAGUUGGGAAAACACACGGAGAAGCGUUCUGUUUGACUUCACAAUGAGUCCCAUGUGUUAAUUUGACUUUGAGAGCGGUGACUUCAACUUUUAUAUUUUGUUGAUUUUUCUGCUCAAGUGCUCAAUGCACGUUGAGUCAAACACCAGGCAGAGCGGGUACACACAAACAGCACACACAGUAGCGCCCUUUCCAGGUGCUUUAAAUGAGUUAACUAAUAGAGCAGAAAAAACUGUCAGCUGCAGACCUCCAGAGUUCCACUGCCUUGAUGUUUUUUCUUUAUGUUUUAUGGAUCAUUGAUAAAAUUGGGGUACACUGUGGUUAAGAUUGUGGAUUAGGAGUUGUCUGACUCAAGUCAAGUAAACCAUGUGACAAAAUCCUGCAAUCCAAUUAGCUGUGCAGCAGAGCUACUGAAUCAUGGAGCUUUGGAGGUCUGCUGCUGGACCUGUCUCCAACAGAAGACUAACUGAUGAGACAAUAUUAUCUGUCGUUUACUAUUGUAGAGAACCAAUGUGAUAAACAUGCAGCUAAAUGAAGUUGGAACAAAUUAAUAACACGGCAAUGGUGCAGCUGCCCUAGCCAAUAUGAAUAGAGGUGGAGUUUAAAAAUGGACAGUGGCGUCAGGAAGUGGUUUAGGGUGGGGGGAUUGUGGGCUUCAGUAGCUUAAGCCCCUGAUCUAUGUCUCCCAGACCCUCACCCUAUGAUAUACACAAACAAUCGCGGCAUGACCUUAAUCUUCUUACCCAUCGUGUACCAUUCAUAUUCCCAUUAUACAAUAAGUCAGUUCCUUUCCAAGUCCUAACUUACAUUAUUUUGACGGAUUACUCAGUUUUAACUAAUAUUAAUAGUUAGAGGGGGAACGUAUGUCAAUCCAUUUUCUCCUUUCAUGGAUUAAUAUUAACACUGAUUGUAUGCUAGCAUUGGUCAUUUUGUAUUAGAUAAUUUAGUAACCAGCAUUUCUAGAGAUGGGCGGGGUCUGAGCAGGUGAUUGACAGCAAGAUAUUCACAGGUGUGCUGAGCUCUGUGGAGCUUUCCUUUACACUUUACAAGUCCAGGAAGGCUGAAGAAGGUGGGUGGUGAUUCCCAGGUCAUUAUAAAGAACAGGAAAAGGGACACCAUUGACGACGGUCAAGAACACUGUAGUUAAGUGACUUGUUAUUUUUUACAGAGUGUUUCCCACGUAAUUAAUAGUUAAGAGUGAUUCUGCUAGAAGACUACCGUGAAUCAUUUGUUGUAAAAUAAAUGCAAACGCUAUUGGACUUAA